AUGGAACCAGUGGCGACCUGGACCCCCGGGAAGGUGGCAGCUUGGCUGAGAGGCCUCGAUGACUCCCUGCAGGAUUACUGCUUUGAGGACUGGGAGCUGCCCGGGAAGUACCUGCUCCAGCUCUGUCCCCGCAGCCUUGAGGCCCUGACUGUGUGGCCUCUCGGCCACCAGGAGCUCAUCCUAGAAGGGGUGGAACAGCUCCGGGCCCUGAGCUCUGGGCUACAGACGGAGAACCUUCAGAGCCUGACAGAGGGGCUGCUCCAGAGGACCUAUGCUUUCCAGAGCUUAGUCCAGGGCCACCUGGAAGGCUGUGCCAAGCCCCCUGCUGAUGUCCUCAGUGCAGCCGUGGAGCUGGUGCAUGAGGCCCGUACCCUCCUUUUCUGGCUCAACAGGUACCUCUUCUCCCACUUAAAUGACUUCUCAGCCUGCCAGAAGAUUGGGGAGUUGUGCGGGGAGCUGGGCCAGGCCUUGCAGGAGGACAGUCCGGCGGCCGAGAGGGAGAGCAAAGUCCUGAGGAUUUGCAGCCACGUGGCUGGGAUCUGCCACCACAUCCUGCGCUGCAGCCCCCAGGAGCUGCUGGAGCAGAGGGCCCUGCUGGAGCGCGUGCAGCUGGACGACCCUUUGGGCCUGGAAAUCCACACCACCGGUAACUGCCUGCACUUCGUGUCCCGUGUGGGCCCCCAGGUCGCUGCUGACUCCCGGCUGCAGAUCCUGCCUGGAGACGAGAUUGUCCAGGUCAAUGAGCAGGUGGUGGUGGGCUGGCCCCAUAAGAACGUGCUGAGGGAGCUGCUGCGGGAGCCGGCCGGGGUCAGCUUGGUGCUGAAGAAGGUCCCCAUGCCAAAGACCCCUCCUCAGGUACCAGUCCCCCAGCCCUGCUCCCAUCCCGCUUUCAGACCCCUGUCAGCAGCUCUGUCACCAUUUCUGGUUGUUCCCCAGACCCCUCCUCAGACCCCGGGCUCCGCACCACUGUCGAGUCCCCUGCUGGCUUUCACCCCACUGUCUGCCAGGUAUCAGGCUCUGCCGCUGGUGGGUCUGGGCAGGGGUGCCACGGGCUCACUCACCUCAUCUCCCCUUGCUCUCCCCAGGGCCCCAUCCGAAGACAUCUUUGCCUUUGACCUGACUUCAGACCCAAGUCCUGCACCCAGCCCUACCUGGACAGACUCUCCCUCCCUUGACCUUGAGUCCCGGCCUGUUCACCCUGCACCUCUAGCCACACACCCAACAGGGGUAGCAGAGACUCAGGAAGCCCCAGAACAGCCUGACACGAGUCCUGUUUCUGGUCGGAAGAAAUCAAAAGGCGUGGCGACACGGCUGAGUCGCCGGCGGGUGUCAUGCCGGGAGCUGGGCCAGCCCGACUGCGACGGCUGGCUUCUGCUGCGCAAGGUGCCGGGUGGUUUCAUGGGCCCUCGCUGGCGCCGCUGCUGGUUUGUGCUCAAGAGACACACGCUCUACUGGUACCGCCAGCCCCAGGAUGAGAAGGCUGAGGGCCUCAUCAAUGUUUCCAACUACAGUCUGGAAAGUGGACAGGAUCAGAAGAAAAAAUAUGUGUUCCAGCUCACGCAUGACGUGUACAAACCCUUCAUUUUUGCUGCUGAUACCCUGGAGGACCUGAGCAUGUGGGUACGCCAUCUCAUUACCUGCAUUUCCAAGUACCAGUCUCCAGGCCGGGCCUCCCUGCCCCGAGAGGAAGACUGCUACAGUGAGACAGAAGCAGAAGACCCUGACGAUGAGGCUGGGUCCCGCUCAGCCUCGCCCAGCCCAGCCCAAAUGUGGAGUCCGCUCCAUGGAGACACAUCACCUGCAGCCACCCCCACCCAGGGCAGCCCACAGACUUCCUUUGGCCCACCAUCAGACAGCAGCGAAGGGGUGCUGGAGGGAAUGGUGCAGGGGCUGAGGCAGGGGGGCGUGUCCCUCCUGGGCCAGCUGCAGCCCUUCACUCACGAACAGUGGCGGAGCUCUUUCAUGAGGCGCAACCGAGACCCCCAGCUCAAUGAGCGAGUGCACCGCGUGCGUGCGCUGCAGAGCACGCUCAAGGCAAAGCUGCAGGAGCUGCAGGCCUUGGAGGAAGUGCUCGGUGACCCGGAGCUGACAGGAGAGAAGUUCCGGCAGUGGAAGGAGCAGAACCAAGAGCUCUACUCAGAGGGCCUGGGAGGCUGGGGAGUGGUGCCGUCUGAGGGCCACUCCCAAGUCCCCAGCUCUGACUCCAGAGAACAGUCUUCCCACCCCUUGGCCUCUGACCCUGAGGAGCAGUCCCAUCUCUGCCCCCUGACCCCAGAGAGCAACCUCCGACCUCCUGACCUCUGACCUUGGUCCAUACCCUGGCUCCUGACCUCUGGCCUUGAGGACCACCUCAGCCCCCAAGUCCUGACGCGUCCAGGACAGAGCAUCCCCGGGUUCUGUUCAAGGUUGGAAGUAGUCCGUGUGUCACCCCCAGAGGCCCCCCCUUUGCCCACGUGUCCACCAUUUCUGCUCCUCUCUCCCUUGGAGUGGGUCGAAGCGAAGUGCACUCCAUGCCAUCCUCUCUUUUGCCAAUGAAGAAGUGGCAAGCUGGGCUGAAAUUCUCUCCCCCUUCAUCCUCCCACUUGUGGGGCACAAACCUGUCCCCCUCCAUCUCUGGCCCUUCUCCCUUCCCCAAACCAGUCUUGUAUAGGUGCUCAUUUUA